ACAGUGGAGAUUUUCGUGGUGUUUUCAACCGAAAGCAGAGCCCCAGAAUGGACUUUAUAGAGUCCCAAGUGAAGGUGGAAUUCACGGAGGGAGCGCGAUGCACAAUCUGCAAUCGCAAUUACACGAGAACGGAGGAUUUUGAGAAGCACAAAGUGAUCUGCAGCUCUUCUUACUCCUGCAAGACGUGCUUCAAGGAAGAAUCCUCCUUGGAAGACUUCGAGUUGCACCUACAGAAUCACGGGGGAUUCAAGUUCUUCAAGUGCAUUGUUUGCCAGGAGAUUUUCACACAUUUGUGGGAACUGAACAGUCACUUACCUAGUCAUUUGCCGGAGGAGAAGCUGCUCGACGGAGCGUCAGCUGAAGGCUCUGCAGAGUCUUCUGUGCAGGUGAAGAGAGAGGAAGAGGAGCAGUCUGCUGACGAGCGGGUUGACAACACAUCAGACCAUCCGCCCAGUGAUGAGGAGCCACAGCAGCCGGACGUCCUGCAGGAAAAGGAGAAGCCUAGGAUUAGAAAGCGUGGCAGACCGAAGCGAGUGAAGCUGAAGAUAAUGACCGAGGAGGAGGAGCGCAAGUAUCACUGUCCACACUGUCCGCACAGGUCUAAGACCUUCUCCAACAUGAAGAAGCACAUCCGCACGCACAGUGGCCAGAAGCCCUUCGAGUGUGCCAUCUGCGGGAAUCGCUACUCAGACAAGUACGCGCUGCGUGACCACCUGCUCAUGAGGCACGUGGAGAUGAAGAAGCUAAAGGAAGUGUGCCAGCACUGCGGCAAGGCCUUCCGGCUGCGCAAAGGGCUGCUCGUGCAUAUCCGCACGCAGCACACUUCCAAGGAGCAGUACUCCUGCUUCGUCUGUGGCAAGAUGUACGCUUCCAAGAACAGCGUGGAUCUACAUAUCCGCGUACACAGUAACCAGCCCGGAGCGCACGCCUGCCCUAAGUGCGGCAAAAGCUUCGACCGCCGCGAUCUGAUGCUGCAGCAUCACAGGCACAUUCACGUGGCGCCCAAGAAGUUCCAGUGCACUUGGGAGUCCUGCACCUUCCAGUCCGUCACGCAGGCCGCCUUCGUCCUGCACCAGCGCACGCACACGGGCGAAAAGCCCUUCCAAUGCAGCAUCUGCGAGAAGCUCUUCAAGAGCAAGAUGGCAGUGUCUCUGCACACCAUCAACAUGCACAAGCCCGCGUCGCUGCAGUGUGGCUUCUGCGAGAAGGUCUUCAAGCUGCCGUGCGCUCUCCGGAAUCACGUGCGCCGCAUCCACCAGGAGAAGACCAUGCCGUGCCCCUUCUGCGACAAGAAGUAUGGCUUCAAGGCGGAUCUCACGCGCCACGUGAAGAAUAGUCAUUCGAUUAAGAAAAUCUAAAAAAGCACUUUUCUCUCUAUCACUGUGCAAUUACAUAAAAACAGAUUCGAAAGUGAAACAUGUCUUAUUUACACAUUUUAACCAAUGCGGAGAUAGAUUUUGUCUGCUUAUGGUAAAAAAGAUUAAUUUCAAUCUAAAAACGCU